UCCCAAACCGCAAGGAAAUUAAUUCUUCAUUACUUACAAUUAAAAUUAAAAUACGUACAACACCAUAAGACUGGUUUUCGGUCACACUCCAUAUUCUCAUAAAACAACAGUCUCAGACAAUAUUUUUAGACUAAACAGCAGAUCUUGACCAUUGCAGAAUUACAGAAAAUCAAGAACAAAAACAUAUGAUAUUCUGAAGCUAGAAUACAAAAACAAAACCCAUGGUUGACUAACCUCAGGGAGAUUGCAUUAUUCAGAGAGAAAUUAGACCCUCUCCUACAAGCAGACCAAACAUAAGAAUAAGGAGACCAAGUGUGACGCAUUGGGUGGUGGAGACAAGGGUCUGCGUGUAGGCAGACAAUGUUAUUACUGCGCCAAUCACUCCAAUGAUAAAAGACGUCCAGUUCUGAUCCAUUCGUGCUUCUUCUUUACUUCUUCUUGUUUCCUGUCUUCCGGGAAGAAGGAAUCGCAGUUUCUCUUUAUCCUCUUAGUAACCCCUGUCUGUGAAUACCAAAGGAAGCUCUGCUUUCAUCGUUUAGAUCAAUCAAAAAGUAUAAAACCCCAGAACCAGAACACCUAUCACCAGAAGUCAACGGUUCAGGGUGCUUUGAUCCCUGGAUCUCUUCAUCACCGACCAUGAGCUAAAUUCUACUGGUACACGUAUUCGUUGACGUCUUUGCUUCCGGCCCUCUGGGUCCUUAAUAGUCAUUUACUCUUUCAUAAAUCGGAAUCACAAAUUCUCAAUAAUCUGACCUGAUCGAGUCAUAGAUUGAUUAGAUUUUUCCUUUUCAUGGACGUUAAGUAGAGCCUAUGAACCUAAGAGUACAAUAGUCGCACCCGAUCACAUACGUAUACGUUCUGGAUUUGUAUUGCUGCCUAUAUAUUGUGCCGGCUCUGUAAUUCACAAUUCAUCGGUGCUAAAUCCGAGUUGAACAAGUUGAGCGGAAAAAAAAAGAAAGAGAUUUUUACAAUCGAUGAGAAUAACCCACAAGGUUUUGUUGAAUCAAUUGCAGCAGAUAUCGUCUAAACAGCACGUACGCUGGCAAAAAAUACUUUUCAAUCUUCAGGUUUGUUGUCCUAUCUCUCACCCAUUGAGAUUCUUCUGUUUUGAGAAUAGCUACUUCAGAGUAAAAUCUCCGCCUUUGAAGCUUGGACGGUCUAACCCAAGUCACAAACUUCUUUUCUAUAUUAGAGGAGAAGCUUUCUCUACAAAUCAAACAUUGUCAUGCUCUAUUGAGAAACCCACAUUGUUAUCUGGAGACGAAGCGAACAAAGCCCACCUAGAUUUACCUUUGGUUCGGCGUUCCGUUAUUGGUAGCUCUGUUAUUUCGAGGUGUUCAUAUCUUUGGGAGAAGAAAGGCGAGACAAUUGUAGAGCCUUCUCUGAAAUAUCUUCUCCUUAAGCUCUCUGAUAUAUCACCUGCAUCAAUUCGCCGUUUUUGGCGUGUUUCAAUAUUGAAACCAGAAGAUGUCCUUGAUAUAUUUUUGGGUUUCAAAUUUGAUUGUGGGGAAUCUGUAUAUGAAACCGAAAAGGUGGAACUGUUGUGGGAAUUGUUCCAGUUGGCUAAGAACCAGGGCCAGGAUUUUGAGCAUCUGCCUCGAUCCUACAAUAUCAUGGUCUCCAUGCUUAUCCAAGUGGGGUCGCUCAGUGAAGCUAAAUCCUUGCUUCAAACUGUGGAGGCUCUACCGGGCAGUCAUGAAUUUUUCAGUAAGAUAAGCGAAGGAUACGCUAGUCGCGGGGAGUUAGAGUCUUCAAUUUUGAUGUACAAUGAAAUGAGGGAUCGGGGUAUAAUUCCUUCAUUGUCAUGUUAUCAGGCUCUUCUUAAUCUUUUGGUUCGAAUGCAGAAGAGUCAACUAGCUUUUCGAGUUUACAUAGAUAUGAUAGAGGCGGGAUUUGGAUUAGGCACUGCAGAACAAGCGACUUUUGAGCUUGUUGUGAGAUUACUUUGCAAGGAUAAAAAGAUUCAAGAGGCCAGAAAUCUCGUUAAGAAGGUUACUACUACAGGUCUAUAUCCUAGUCAGUGCGUUGUUAAUGCAAUAGCUAAUGGGUACUGCGGAAAGAAAGAUUUUGAAGAUUUAUUGAGUUUUUUGAGUGAAAGAAAGUGUGUACCAGAUGCUUCUAUCUGCAAUAAGGUUGUCUAUUCUCUUUGUAGGAAUUUUGGUACGAAAAAGGCUUACAUUUUCAUGCAAGAUCUGGAAUUAUUGGGCUUCAGACCUGAUGAUAUAACGUUUGGGAUUUUAAUAGGUUGGAGUUGCAGGGAAGGGAAACUAAAAGAUGCCUUUAUUUAUUUAUCAGAGCUUUCUUCAAGAUGCCUAAGACCAAAUAUACAUUCUUAUAAUGCUAUUAUAUGUGGGUUGUUUAAGGAGGGUAUGUGGAAACAUGCAAGUGGCAUUCUUGACGAAAUGCUUGACAAAGGGAUUAGGCCCAAUUUAUCAACUUUCAAGAUUCUUCUGGCUGGGUAUUGUAAAGAUAGACUAUUUAAUGAAGCAAAGGUGAUUAGUAGGGAGAUGGUGAAACAGGGUUUGGUUCAACUAACACCAUCAGAGGAUCUACUUCCCAAGGCAUUUAUGCUUUUGGGGCUCAACCCAUUAUCUGUAAAGAUUAAAAGAGAUAACGAUGAGAGACUUUCAAAAGCAGAGUUCUUUGAUUCCCUUGGAAAUGGACUCUAUUUAGAAACAAACCUUGAGGAGUAUGAGAAGACAGUAAGGGGGGUUUUAGAAGAUUCUAUGGUUCAUGACUAUAACCAACUUAUAUUAAAUGAAUGUAGUAAUUGUAAUACAGAAGUUGCACUUAAGCUGAAAGAUGAAAUGAUCCAGGCAGGGCAAGAGCUCUCUUUGUCUGUAUACUCAGCAUUGGUGAAGAGUUUAUUUGUGUCCCGUUUCCAUUUUAAGGCAGGUGUCACUCUUUUGGAGGAAAUGCCAGAACGAGCUGGACAACUAAACCAAGAAACUCUCAAUUGCAUUAUCCGAGCAAUUAGCAAGAAGGGGUUCACAAACAAAGGGGGGAUAAUUUUGGAUGGGAUGAUCCAAAGGUGCCAGCCCAUUGAGAAUGACACCUUUACAGCUCUGAUCAUGGGAUUUUGCAAGGAAAAGAACCUGAGGAAACUUAAUGAAUGUUGGGAGCUUGCGCAGGAAAAUAAUUGGUUGCCCAGAUUUGAGGAUUGUAAGCCCCUAUUGGGUCAUCUAUGCCUACUUGGACAGUUUAGGGAAGCAUUAGAACUUCUUAAAAUCAUUCUGGAAUCCAGUAGUCACUCAAUUUCUGAUAUUUGCAACACAUUUAUUCAAGGGUUUUGUAUCUCAGGUUUUACAAACAUUGGGCACAUUUUGCUGGAAGAGGUUCAAGAGCAGGGAUGGAUCUUGGAUCAGUCAGCUUAUAAUCAUCUUAUAAGAGGAUUCUGUAAGGAGAAAAAAUUUACAGAAGCCUUAGAGCUGCUUGAUACCAUGCUAGGAAACAACAUGUCCCCAAGUCUGGAUGUGUUGGUUCUGGUAGCCCAUCAUCCAUGCAGGUCCUUCAAAUUAGAGAAAAUUAUGGCUCUCAAGGAGAUAAUGUUGAGAGAGCAACCUGCCAUGUAUCUUUCUGUCUACAAGGCUCUAACAAAUUGGCUUUGUGAUAUAGGGGAGGUUGGGGAGGCAGCUAUCCUAUUCCAGGAAAUGUUGGCAAAGGGGGUAGUGCCAGAUGCAGAAUCAUGCAAUGUAAUGGUUCAAGGCUUUUGUAAAAUAAGCAACUUGACCAAAGUGAGGGAGCUUCUGGGUAUGAUGAUAAAAAAGAACUUCAGCCUCUCAAUCUUGAGUUAUCGUAACCUGGUGUGCCUUAUGUGUCUCAAGGGUAGGCUGUUUCAUGCAUUGAACAUCAAAUCACUUAUGUUAAGAGAGAUUAAUUCUACCUCCCUUGUUGUUUAUAACAUUUUGAUACUCCACCUUUUCCGAUCAGGGUACAAUUCGUAUGUGACAACACUUUUAGGUGAAAUGCAGAAGAAGAACCUGCUACUUGAUAAAGUAACUUAUAAUUUUCUUGUGCAUGGCUACUAUAAGUGUAAGGAUGUUCCGAAAUCUGUGCAGACUCUAGAGACUAUGAUUGAUAAGGGUUUAAAACCAAGCAAUCGCAGCUUGACAACUGUGAUUAGGCACUACUGUACUAAUGGGGAACUCAAUAAAGCCUUAGAGUUAAGUAAGGUGAUGCAAAUAAGAGGUUGGGUUCAUGGUUCAGUUAUUCAAAAUUCAAUUGCUGAAGGUCUUCUUUCUCAGGGCAGGCUCCAGGAAGCUGAAAUCUUUUUGGACCAGUUGAGAAAUAAAGGUUUGAUUCCCAACUGUACCAGUUAUGAUGUUCUGAUUAAGCGGUUUUGUGGGCAUGGAAGAAUAAACAAAGCAGUUGAUCUUAUUAAUAUAAUGCUGAAGAAAGGGAAUAUUCCAUGUUUCACCAGUUAUGAUUCUGUCAUACAAGGUCUCUGUAACUACAAAGCACUGGGGCAAGCUCUUGAUUUCCAUUCUGAGAUGUUGAAUAGGAACCUUGAGCCAGGUAUCAGUUCUUGGGAUGCACUUGUUUCUGGACUCUGUGCAGAUGGACAAACAGCAAAAGCAGAAAUGCUCUUGGAUUCCAUGCAUCAGUUGGGUUUGAUUCCAACUCAGAACAUGUACCAUAUUGUGAUCAAUAGGUAUUGUUUGGAAAACCAUCUACAAAAGGCAUCCAAUGUUUUACAUAAGAUGCAACGAAAUGGAUAUGUUCCAGAUUUUGAUACCCAUUGGUUUCUCAUAAGUAACUUAAAUAAUUCCAAUGAUAAGGAUGGCAAUGAAAGAAGGGGUUUUUUGUCAAGGCUUCUUUCUCAGAGUGGUUUUACAUGGAAGAAUGAUUUGAAGGCCAAAAAACUGGGAUAAUCUAGCACCAUAUAUCUGAGCUGGCCUUAAUUUUCUUCUUCAAUAACCAGGCUGACCUCUCUUUGGUAGUUCUCGUUGGUAGACUUUGAGAUUGAAGCUGAUUUCCAGAAUUGAUGCGUCCCUUGACUCAAUGGAGAUGAUGAAUGUCUAAUGUCAAAAUUGAGUCGCAACUGAUGCCUCUUUUGGCUACAAUGAAAGCCGUCAUAAUGAACCCUUGAAGCAAGAGAAUACCUACAUGGUGCUAUUUCCUUCAAGGCUUAAGAUGGUGCUUGAUAACUGCUGAAAUAGGGGAGCUGACAGAACUCUGAAAGGUUCAUGCCAUUCAGCAUUUCAGCAACUUGAGACCUACUUAAUUGCUGAAUGAUGAAGCACAGGCACUGGGGUGUUUUUCUACCCCCAAGAUUUUUGUCAUGUACCAACAUGGUGUUUUUGACCAAUAUAAUUCUAUUGAUGUGGAGGGGUGUUCUGUCGAAUCAAAUGGUGUUUCUUUUCUUACCUGGGAAGUUCUUCAAACUAAGGUUGUGAUCUACUGAUCCUGAUACAAGGGUAUCCUUUGCUAGACAGCGAGUACUACUGUAUGGUGCAUCUUGGAACCUGAUACAAGGGUCCUUUGGGCUGUCUAUUCAUGUUUUUUAGCCUAUACUGAACUGUUGGCCAGAGAAGGUGCUUCGGUAUCAACUAGUGAUAUGUUUUGAAAUUGUUUGACUGUUUGUUUGCGAUAGAAGAUUAAGAGAUAUAUUGUUAAUUUCAGAGAUAUAUUGUUAAUUUCUGAGUCCAACUCUAUUGAGUUCUGAAAUGUGAAGAAUGAAACAGAGAUUCCAGUAGUUGCUGCUAAACUAGAAAAGCAUCCAAUGAUCUCUUAUAGGAGAUCAAGAGAUUUAUUUUAUGUUUUUCCUAUCUAGUAAAUCUAUAGAUGUUUUUAUGCAGCUGUGGGUGUCAGGAAUCUUGGGAAAGAGGUAUUGCAUUCCCUGUAAACUAGUUGUGGAAGUCUAAGCAGAAACUCGGAAGGGUUUGGAGAAUUUUGGGGUAGUGUGCUUCAUGAAUAUGAUAUGGAAAGUGAAUACAUUCAAAGACCUAAAGAAUCAAGAUUGAUGUUCUGAUUUAAAUUGCCAAAGGGGAAUUCAAGUUUCACAAUAUAAGGGUACAUAAGCUAGUUCAAGAUUUCAAAAUCAUGAUGCAAAGAAGAAAUAAUAAUAAGAAAAAAAGCUUUGAAGAAGUUUCUUGAAAUUAUAGGACUACAAUGUUUAUCUUGUGAUGGUUCUUUAUCCACAUUCUCUUAAGACCUCACUAGGAUUUAUUUU